ACUCAGACGAGAACUCUCCCGGCAGAGCAAGAUGGUGGCCAUUAAGAUGCAGUCGUGUGUGUUUUCAGUAUUACUUUUAAGUGUAUAUUACAGCGCCGUUUCCGCACUGUACUUUCACAUAGGGGAGACCGAGAAGAAAUGCUUUAUAGAGGAAAUUCCAGACGAAACAAUGAUUAUUGGAAACUACAGAACCCAGCUGUAUGACAAGCAGAAGGAGGAGUACCUGCCUGCCACUCAGGGCCUGGGGAUGUUCGUGGAGGUCAAAGACCCAGAUGAGAAGGUGAUCCUGUCGCGUCAGUACGGCUCCGAGGGACGCUUCACCUUCACGUCGCACACUCCUGGAGAGCACCAGAUCUGCCUGCACUCCAACUCCUCCAAGUUCGCCCUGUUUGCAGGAGGCAUGCUGCGGGUGCAUCUCGACAUCCAGGUGGGCGAACACACCAACAACUACGCUGAGAUCGCUGCCAAGGACAAGCUGACGGAACUGCAGCUCCGCGUCCGACAGCUGGUAGAGCAGGUGGAUCAGAUCCAGAAGGAGCAGAACUACCAAAGGUACCGGGAGGAGCGCUUCAGGCAGACGAGUGAGAGUACCAACCAGCGUGUGCUGUGGUGGUCCAUCGUCCAGACCCUCAUCCUGGUGGCCAUCGGCUUCUGGCAGAUGAGGCAUCUCAAGAGCUUCUUCGAGGCCAAGAAGCUGGUGUAAAUGCUCUGGUCCUGGGGACGGCGGUGGCUGGGAAGUUGUUUAUGAUCCUGAACAUGUGUGUGGGGGUGUGUGUGUGCGCGCUUUUUUGUUAAGUGGGUGAAGUGAACGAUUUCAUUACUGAUGGCCUCCCACCUCCCCCCCCUCUGAUGAUACACACACACACACACACACACACACACACACACACACACACACACACACACACACACACACACACACACACACACACACACACACACACACACACACACACACACACACACACACACACACACACACACACACACACACACAGAGAUGCUGGAGAUGAAGGGUGAAUAUUUGGCAACUACACGGACAAAUCCAUCUCUGCGGUUUGGCUGGCUUUAGGGGGUCUUGUCAUAGACUACGUUGUCUUUGUUUUUGUUUUCCUUACCAUCCUGACUGUUAAGAUGUCCCUCAUGUUUUUGACCAACAGGGUAGAGGCUUUUCUUUAUUUAUUUAACUAUUUUUAUCAACCCGCAGCCCCUGAAAUAAUGCUCUGCUGUCUUGGAUUUUGACAAUCUAAAUUCCACAUAUAAAAAAAUUGUUCUGGAUGGGCACAAACCCCAGCUUGUGCAUUACAUAUUUCUUUUUUCUUCUUUUUGACACAAACUAUCAUUUUUCAACACUGGGUUUUAAAGACAACCGACCUACCAGGGUACUCUACCCAUUUAAAACACAUUAACCAUUCAUUUGUUUUUCUUUUCCACUACUCUUUUCGUAGUUGAUUACAUGUCCUGUUACUGGCCAAUAGAGAUCCCCCAUGCUCUGGAGGGAAGACAUGGAGCCGGGUUGGUCCCCGUCAGGUGGGAGUCUUUGGCAAAUGCAAUUGGUUUCCCCAAUAAUAGCUACAGAAACAUGGGUGCAAUUUAUAUCUACUGCAACUGUUUCUGGUGUUCACUGAUCGUAGUUCAGAAUUAUAUUGCUGAUAUUGCUAUCGCACAUACAUUCUGUAUUGAAGAGAUGGGGGGAAAUGCAGAUCAUAAUACCUACGGGUAUUUGAUCUAACCUGAAAUGGGUUUUAUUUGUUUUAUCCUUCAUUUAUUAUUUUGGCAAAUUAGGAAACUCCAGUGUGAGUGUUUCAUCACUGCGGUCAGGGACCUAUUAAAACAUCUUCCAACUGUCCCUUGAAACUGAAUUUCCACCGACUUUGUGUUGGACUGCAUAUGCCGGUUGCAUUUAUUGAAUAAACCCAUCUCGCUGAAAGACCACCUGAUGAUGAUGAUAAAUAUUUUUAAGUUGUAUGUUAUGUCAGCCUUGCGUUAUCUGGCCAUAAUUGAAUGUGUGUUUCUAACUGUCUAGGCGUGGGCUUUCCUGGGUUCUUGGAAUCAUCUAAACUAUCCUAGAUUAAUUUACUGAUCAGAAUGUUGUUUUUUUUAUUCAUGAGUCUACUAAUAAAAAACAAAGUUAAUUCAAUGUGUCCGCAGUGUGGUCUAGGCACACAUGGUUGCGCGUUUGUUCAGCCUGUGGCUUGAUGAAAUCUAAACGGUGUUCUUUUUAACUUGAAUCCUGAUACUAAAUAGACAAUAGCAAUAGGGUUUGUUAUGAAAAAUUACAAUUAUUCCACAGAAUAGUAAAUAGUAUCAUCAGAACGAACAGAUCGAAUUCACAUUCUGCAGCGUUCUUUGGGGUGAUCGAUACAUUGCCCAGUGGUUGGAUGCCUUGCUCCACAGCCCUCACCCCCUAACAGAAACCUGUGGGUCUGAGGAGAAUGCCGUCAUCGUUCGGGACUAUACACUUUAGGAUGUCUGAAGCCAUUUUGAAGGCUUAUUGGCUCAUCAUUUCGAUUUGGUAUUUCUAGUAUAAAACAAGAAGUUAUAUGAAACCUUUACAUUUUAUGCAACCAGACAUACAAUCUUUUUAUACUAUUAAUAUUGAACUUGUGUUAUACCAGAGACCAUGUUUUAUUUCUUUAACAGAUAUUUGUAUUUAGAAGCAACAAUCAUAAACCAUAGUGGUCCAAAACUUAAGCUGUUGAUAUUUGUGGCUAAAGCAUAAUAGAAUGUACAAAUGGAUAAUUAUUUUGUUUCUCUGAUGGCCAAAGUGUUUUUGUCAUGGAGCUUUCAACUUCGAUUGAAAAUAAACAUGAUAUAUUAAG